AUGUACACAUACAUAUCUUCUAGAAAGGCUGGUAAGCCACAAUGUACAGACGCUGGAUGUGAUUAUGUGUGUCUUUCCUGGGAUCAGCCGAAAGUUGAAGGUGUACAGUACUAUGACAUCAAGUAUAAACUUAAGACAGAAGAACGAUGGAAUAAAAGUCCAAUAUUAACCAAUGAUCAAUCGCCAGUACACAGAAUUAACGGAUUAAAACAAGAAACAGAAUACGUAUUCAAGGUCAGAGCAGUGUACGAUGAGAGUGAGGGUGAGUUUAGUGAUCAGAGCGACCCCAUCAAGACUGAACAGUCACAAGCUUUGUCACUUUUAAAGUUUUGUUGGAAACUACAGGAUGGAAAUCCAGCUUUUUACCAACUCCCACUGCAUGAAGAUUUAUCAGCCAGAGAUGAAAAACACAGAACAAGAAAAUGCAUUUUCGGGUCCACGACAUCACGAUCGCUAGACGAGAAGACAAUUAUGAUGAUUGGAGCAACCGGUUCAGGAAAAAGCACUUUGAUUGAUGGAUUGGUCAAUCAUCUUCUUGGUGUGAAAUGGGAAGACGACUUCAGAUUUAAAAUUAUUAACUUAACUCCUGAAGAAAAAGCAAAAGAGGGAAACCCGGUAUGUAUGAUUUCACAAACAGACUGGAUCACUAACUACAGAUUCUAUCCGAUAAACAAAAAUGUUCAUUACAUUCUGAAUAUCAUCGACACACCAGGAUUUGGUGAUUCGCAAGGGAUUGAACGAGAUCAGCAACUGGUGGAUCAGAUCAGAUUUUUAUUCUCUACUACAGGCAAAACAGGAAUUGAAACAAUAAAUGCUAUAUGUGUCGUUACUCAAGCUCCCCUUGCAAGAAUGACACAUACCCAACGGUACAUUUUUGAUGCAAUCCUGUCUAUUUUCGGAGCAGAUGUUGCAGACAAUACCGUUGCGAUGUUUACAUUUGCAGAUGUAAAAGAACCACCAGCGCUGAAUGCUUUAAAUCAAGCUAAAUUUCCAUUCCAAAAACACUUUGUGUUUAACAAUUCAGCACUUUUUCAUAAAAGAACAGAAGACAAUUGCAGCAAAUUUGCGAAGAUGUUUUGGGAGAUGGGGUUCUUUUGUUACGAUGCAUUUUUGAAAUAUUUAGCAACUACGAAGGCUCAGAGUCUACAACUGACAGCAGAUGUUCUAAAAAAGAGAGCAGAUGUUCUAAAAAAGAGAGAUGAACUACAUACAACCAUCCAAGGUCUCAUGCCAGAAAUAGAUAACAGUUUCCUUGAACUUAGCACCAUGAGAAAAGAAAGAGCUCUCUUGGAGGCAUUCGAAAGGGAAAUAAAAGCUAACCAAAAUUUCACUUAUGAAGUAGAGGAAUAUCAUGCCAUACAGAUACCACUGAAACCAGGAGAGUAUGUGACCAACUGCUUGUUUUGCCAUACGACUUGUCAUUAUCCAUGUUGUAUACAAGGUGAUAUCAAACAGGGUUGUGAUGCUAUGGCAGAUGGAGUUUGCACAGUUUGCCCCGAGAAAUGUUCGUGGAAGCAACACUGGAACAGCAGUUAUAGGAUAGACAUUAAAAUGGUGAAAGUUACAAAAACAUUUCACGAAAUGAAAGCUAAAUAUGAAUUAGCGGCGAAGGAAAAGGUUUCAAAAGAGAGUCUCGUUUCCUAACACAAAAAAUCAUUUAUAAAGCUGAAAACUAACGUUUGCAAAAUGCUAGGAGAAGUGCGUGAAAUUGGAAACUACCUGAGGAGCAAUGCCUUAAAGGCCAAUCCACUUUCUGAAAAGGAAUAUCUUGAUUUACUGAUCGAAGCAGAAAACCAAGAAAAGAAACCCGGGUUUUUUGAACGCACCAAAAUGCUACAGAUGCUUAAAAAGCAAGCUGAGCUCACCCAAAAAGCAAUGACUACUGACGAUAUAGACGAACUGUUGAAAGACUUUGAUCUAACUGAUUAAAUCAGAUGCAAUUACUUCUACGUAUGAGUAGAAGUACAAAUAUUGCAUAGAGUUAAAAACAUUAUCAAGCAAAUUAAAGGGUUACUCAAACAGCAACGGCUGUGAGCAUAAUGAAUACUUUUAUUACACCGCGGUGGAAGAG